GCCAGGCUAACGCAAGGCUAACGCAAGGCUAACGCAAGGCUAACGUGCCUUCAACGUCCACGAAACCAUAUGAAAUGAUGUCGACGCGCAAACCGAGAGUCAUGCGCAACCGCUAUGAGCAGCACAUGUAUGAUACCUUUGGGGAUGGACCCGAAUAUGAGCAGUUCUAUGUCUCCGACGAACACUUGAACGGACUCUUUCGAGACCUUGGCAUUCCAGAAUCAGAAUUCGCGAAGUACAGACGUGACUAUGAUGCACGAAUGGAGAAGCAGUUGGAUAUGAAUGGUGGAAAGAUUGAUUGCCAGGGCAGGAAACCGCGACCAGACGAGGACCCUACUAUAGAACAUGUCCACGUUGUCCAUAUUCCCGGCAAUGACAGCCUUGUUAUCAGGCUAUGGGAUGGCGGUCUCGAGGACGACGGCGAGUUCUGUUUGGAUAUCUACGACAUGAGCACGAAAAUAUCCAUCAACUCGUCCGAACUUGGGUUCUCCUUUAACGUUGCCCCUAAGCCAGGAACGCUCUCAGUUCUGUGUGGCGGAAGGCUUCGAAGCUGGGAAGACAACGCCGGGUAUACGCCGGAGCGGAUACUACCGGGAGAGGAGCGCUUUAGUGCGCUUGAAGGUGCCUACCUUGCACUCCGCCAGCCUAACUCAGACCUUUUCUGGUUCAAAGUCCCUAUGAGGAAUCGUCCACCUGCUGGUGUCACUCGAGCUGUAUCACCUAUUCCUUUAUGA